GCAAACUGCCGCCGAACCCGGAGCCUAGGCCUCAGCAGCACCGCAGACUCCGCGGCGCUUGCCUGAGACGAGUGGGGGUCGCUGUGAAGUUCACCGAGUUUGCCCUGUUUUUGUAACGGAAAAGCCGUUUUCAAAAGUCGGUCUUUCGCAUCGCCCAAACGGAAAUAGGCCCCGGUGCCGCCGGGACUGGUGCAUUGCCUGAGGGAUUGGGAUUUGCCUGCACUCUGUCUCACUUCUUGGCUCAUGGAUGGCUACUUCCCUUGUGCACUUUAACUUUCUGCCUCAUAAUAAUCCUGGAAAUGCUCUGGAAUCAGUUCCUCAUUCAGGGAAACGGAAACAUUGUCUGUUAAUUCUCAAUCAGCCUAUGGACAAUGAUCAAUUUCAACGCCUGUGGAGCAAAGCUGUUGUUCGCGCAUGUGCUGAUGGUGGAGCAAACCGACUAUACGAGCACACCGAAGGAAGGUGGGAAAGAUUUCUGCCUCAUUUCAUCAGUGGAGAUUUUGAUUCCAUUAACCCAGAAGUGAAAGAGUUUUACAAAGUCAAGAAAUGUGAAAUCAUUGAUACACCGGAUCAGGACCUCACUGACUUCACAAAGUGCUUACAGAUACUACUUCAGAAAGUAAAGGAACUGGGGCUAGAGGUCGAUGAUAUUAUCGUGCUUGGUGGGCUUGGUGGACGCUUAGACCAUAUCAUGGCCAAUGUGGCGACACUCUUCCAUGCCACAAAGAUAACUAAGCUACCUGUUAUCAUCAUUCAGGAGACAUCCCUGGCCUACCUACUGCAACCUGGUCACCAUAGACUGUGUGUUGACACAGGGCUGGAGGAUAAGUGGUGUGGCCUUAUCCCAGUUGGAAAUCCAUGCAACAAUGUAACAACAACUGGCCUCAAGUGGAAUCUGAUGGCCAACUCAGCUUCAGAUCUCAUUACAUCCUUGACCCAGGAACCAGACCUGAAUUCCAGAUGUGAGGUGAUGGUGACUGCCCUUGACAUCAAGACAGCAUUUGUCAAAGCGUGGAGUUCCUAUCUUACAGCAUUGUCGAGCACCUUCACCAUACAAAAUACAGCAGUUCAAGAAGAGCAUCCACCUGUAGGCAUCUAGGGAUGGGAAAUAAAA